GGCAGUUUGAUGGAUUUUUUUUCUGACACCUGAUGAUUUUCUGUGUUGAAAUCAGUCAUGAGCUUCACGUGGUAAAGGUAUUAGAAGUUUUCACCUAGAAAAGAAAAUAAACAGACUCCUUUUAAUAUGACUUUAGGACAGUUCCUGUCUCUUGGAGAAAAUAAGAGGCAUAGACUGCUAACUGCUUGAUAGAUGUCAAGGACACAUCUCAGAAGGAAAUUUAUGUUUAAUUAGCCUACUAAGCAGAUAGAACAGUUCUUAAACAUUUUUUUUUCCUUCAUUGUUUUCACGACACAAAUAUUUGAGCUCAGUAUUGGGGCAGAAUGAGAUUUUACCUCUUUUGGAUUUUAAAAAAGAAUAAUACAUAAUGCAGUAAAAUCCCAUUCUUGAAGACAGCUGUAAGGUGCAACUUCAUCUAAAUGAACAAACACUGUAUAUUUGAAAUAGCCAUGUGACUGAAAUGAUCUUUAAUUUAGGGGAGAGCUUAUAUAGAGAUUAAUUUUAAGAAUGUUUGGAUAGCAAAGAACCAUAAAACAAAACCCAAAUCAUUAUUCAGUGCUUUCAUUUUAUCUGCCUGUGCUCAUUAAAACUUCCACUUAUCAUCUUUUGGGGAGACUGCAUCUCAUGGAUGCUUAGAAUAGUUAGCUAUUAAAAGCACAUAAGAAUAAGUGGCAAUAAGGAUUCUGUUUUAAGUGUAUGGGGAGUAAAGCACACAGGUUCAUUUAAAGACAGAUCUAAUGAGUUCAAAAGACUCGUACCAGCUGGCCUCCAGCACGGCCAGAUAUUAGCACAAAUUUUUGCUGAAGGCUGAACCCAUUGCAGUUUUGUGUCAGAGUCUUCAAUUUGCCCAGAAAUCCAACAGCAGUUCCCCAAAAAAGAAAUAACUGUUUUCUUUCUCCUAGGGUUUUAGUGCCCAGGAAGCACGAGGGUGUAUGAACCUUCUUGUGUGGCUCACUUCCAUCUGCGGUUUCUCUGCCACAGAAUGGUGCCGUUUUAGAAGAAUAGCCUCUGACCAAGAAUAAAAAUUGUUGUCGGAAUAAUAUGCGAACAGAUCAUGAAGAACUCUGUGGCACCAGUUAUGGAUCUUUUUGUCUAAAUGGAGGGAUUUGUUAUAUGAUUCCCACUGUUUCCAGUCCAUUUUGCAGGUGUAUUGAGAAUUACACAGGAGCCCGUUGUGAGGAAGUUUUGCUGCCCAGCAUCAAGUCCCAAGCAAAAGGUGACCUGUUUGCAGCUUUCUUGGCUUCACUUCUUCUUCUAGGAGUUCUUGUAAUUGGAGCAUUCUACUUCCUUUGCAGGAAAGCUUCCAUUCCAAGGACAAGCUCUUCAGAGUGUGGCGCCAUCCUAGUUGAGACUACAAGCAGCAAUGGCUGCGACAGUGAAAAUAAUAACAGAGUAAAGCAUUAGAGUGGAAGAAAGGUGGGAAAACGACAUGCGAAGCAACUCUAAGAAUACGGUAGUGUAGAGGAUAAUGCGGUAAGCAAGAUGAGAGAAGAAAGGAGACUGAAAUAGGGGCUUACUUACAUGUUAAGAGUGCAACUGAGACAUAAAGAGAAACAGUUGGGCUUAUUAGAGCUUCCACGUGUUUUUAAAGGUGUAUCAAAUGAUACAGAAAUCACUGUAAUCACUAUGAUUUGUGUUUGAAUUUUGUGAGAUUUUUCAUAACAAGUUACUGCUUUCAAUAAUGCAUAGAUAGAAGCAUGAGAUAAUUUUGCUUUUUACUGCAUGAGAAAUAUGAAAUAAUCUUUUUUCACUGCACAGAUAAUACAAGGUAAUCAUAAAAUUUUUAGCAUGAGAUAAUACUAUGAAUUUUUGAUAGGAUUAUCCUUUUUUGGAGAAUUGCCCUAGAGGAGUUGAGGACUGUCUUUAUUCGACAAUUUCAAAAUUUAUGUCUGUGAUACAUGUCCAAAAUUUGGCUUGUUUCAGAUACAUUUACCACAUGUAGGGGAAAAAAAAAUACUUUUCCCCAGCUAAUACUAAUUUUUUUUUUUUUUUUAAUAGCAAGACACCAUGAGAUGAGUUACCACUGCUAGUGUACUGGCCAGCUUCCUGGCACAAGAUUUUAACUCAGUUUAAAAGAAAAUAUUAAGAAAAGAGAUUGGUAAUGGUUAAAAGAAGUUCACUAGGCAGAGUAUUUAUCCUUUCUUUGGCAUAUAUCCCUAACAGUAAGCAAGACACCUUCCUCGGUGGUUUUAUUUUUCUUUUGCCUUCUUCUGAAAAUCUCACUACUGAAGGAGAUUUAAACCUUACCUCAAAUUUUCCAGUUGAUAUUUCAGAUAUUAAAAGUCAGGAAUUUUGUUCAUCAGGUCCAUUCCUGAUGCAAAAUAUUCAGCCCGGUGUCUUGGCUGAACAAGUGCUGCCCUCUCCAAAGACUGAUUUAUUUUAUUCACGUAAACGUUUGUUGAUCCCACAAGUAGAUUAUAUAUCAUUAUUGGGUUCCUUACAGGAUUCUCUUACUCAGACAAAGAGAGAGCAAAUGACAUGGGCUUUCUCUCUUUCUGCCUUGACAACAGAAAGAGACGGUCUGGUUAGUCAGAGGCACAGAAAACGUGAACUGAACAAUUUUCUUUUCAACUCAUUUCUAGCACUGGAGGUUGAAACCAGCACAAAUCAGAUAUGUUUCCAUAAUGACACAUUUCCUAGCAGCUCAUUAUAUGGGAUUUAUAAGGUUGUAUUGAAGAGAGAGUUAAUGGAGAAGACUUCAGAAAUUGAAAAGGGAGAAAAUGCAGAACACAGAUUUCUCACCUCUGAAAUAAAAGAUCUUGAGGUGUGCAAAAAUAUAGGUGCAAAGAAAAUACUAAAUAAGCUUCUAUUCCUAGGGUGUCUACUGCAUGCUCUAGUGCUAGAAAAAACAGUGUGUAUUUUAUAUCAAUGUAGACAAAAGUACAGCAAGACAGAGAAGAAAAUACAUGCUGUUGCAGUGUAUAAGGUAAGAAGUAAAAAAGAAAACCAUAUUGUAGUAGUUACUAGAAAACAAAACAGAAAAAUACAGUACUUUCUGAGGAGUUAUGUCAGAGAAAUCAGAAUCCAAGUUAAAGCUCAGCAUCUGAAGGAAGAAUCUCAGGGCACCAAAUCAUGUAGAGGACCUGAUCCACAGAAGUCCCUGAUCAAAUUAUGUAAAGCACUAAAACAUCACUUUCUCCUCAGAUUAACUGUUCUUAUAUGUUAUUUUCUGGACAUCAGAUCUUUACCAGAUACUCUGAAGGAAGAUGGUAACAGUGUUUUCAAGGCUGGGAACUAUAAAGGUGACUUUCCAUCACACAGGCACAUGCCACUGCUAAAUACAGGGUUUAGGUGGUUUGUAGCGGUAUUGACAGCUACGCUAGCAUCAACAUUACCUAAAGUACUUUGCACAGCCUUGGUGAAAACUGGUCAGAGACAAUGGCUGUUAGAUAACUUCCAUAUGUUACUGCUCAUGAGACAUUUAGAUUUCAUCAUGUUAAGUUGUGGUAUACUGUUUUCACUGAGGCAAGAAAAGGGUUGUGGCUAUCUUCGGUGGAAAUUCAGGAAGGGAAAAUUAAGAGAAGAUGUAGGAAAUAAAUGGACUGAAGUUGUACUCUAUAAACUCAUAAAAUCCUCUCUGCUUUCUGGACAGACAUGGAAUAGUUAUUCACUGUUACCAGUCUUGUUUGCAGUAUUCAGGAAACAAUUUGUACAAAACAUUAGGGUGAACAAACCAAAACCAUGUUUAAAUGCAAACACAUUAAUGUAUGAAAGAAGAUUAUCAUUGGAGGAAAACCUGUUAAAGAUUCAGACUGCUUCAAACCAUUUCAGACUACUUCAACCUCAUUUGAGGACAUUUCAGCUUCCAAAAUUAAUUAUUUUGAUUCACAAGCCUUGUGAAUUUGAUAUUCAGGUCAAAAUAAGAUCAGGCUACAAAUUCAUUUUAAGGUGGUCAAAUGCCACAGAAAGUACAGGCUAGUCAGUGUUACAUACAGUUUAAUAAAACAGUACAACACUCUGGCAAUGCUUGCUUACGGUAUUAAGUAAAUAGUCCUGUAAGCAAUAAAGCCAAGGAAACACUAGUUUCAAUGGAUCUUGUGGUUGGAAGCUCUAGAGACUGAAAAGGUCUUACUUUUACAUGCAGGGACAAGUAGUAAGGUCUCUCUUCUCCACUUGACUCCUAUUCUCAUGAAACAUAAGAUCUCAUGUCUUUAAAAUCACCCCUUCACCAGCUGAAAGGUUAUGGAAGGAAGAAAAGGGGAGAAGACUAAUUUUCUAAGAACAUUCACUGAUAUGAUUACACAACUAUUUACUUAUAGUUUUACCACAAAACUUCUUUCAUAUCCAAGGAUCAUGGUUUCCUUCCAGAAUCUUGUAGUGAGUCUUUUCACAACGUGUUGCAAAACCUUUUCGAUUAAUUGCAGAACAAUGCAACCAUUAGCAGGAAAUCUCUUCACAGACCUAAAUAAAAGGUUUCUCAGUAUAGAAUUGUUUUUCAUUAGUAGCCCAAACAAACACUGGGGCAAAUUACAAUGAAAGGAGAAAUGGCUGUUCAAAGAAAACGAGGAUUUCUCUG